UCCAAUGAAAAUGCCCAAUUUAUAUAAGGAUCCAGAUUUAACUGUGUCACAUCAGAUGGUUAGGAUCAUCUGAUGGGAGGGAUUGUUUCGGUAUCUCUCAUACACCAUUGAAAUAACCAGAUGGUCGGCCCCAAAUGCACAGUUUCCGCCCUAUUCUCGUGCAGAUUUUAAAACUUUAUCUACCGAGCCUAGGUUCGAACCAGGCCUGUGAUGUACCCUGUCAGAUGAACUGAAGGACUGGCCUGACCCGUUGACACCCUCAAGAACAUCUAUUCAGCCUGCUUUUCAGGCCUGGGCACAUUCAUGGAGGGGUCCACCUGAUGAAUGGUCCGGAUUCUGCCCAUGUAUACCAAGCCAGUGGAGAGUAAGCCCGAGUGAGUAGAAUUAACAUUAGUCAAAAGUAUUUUGAUAAUGGGGUGAAGACAAUUAUUGCUUAUUCAACUAACAUUCUGUCCACCCACCUCUUACGAUUGUCAUGUGUUGGUUGGAAAAUGGAAAUAGAUGACCCUAUUCUUCAGCAUUCCUUCAUAAAUGAUCAAAUACUAUUAUCUAAAACAUAAUUAAAAAUAAAAAUGAUUUUUGCUCCAUUGCAUUUCGAGGGGCAAAAUGACUAAAAUACCCUCAAUCUUUCUCUAAAAAGUGGUGAAAUCGAGAAUUGUGGGGCCUACUUGGUACUCAUAUGAUAUCAAUCUGUCCAACUGGUACAAGCCAAAAAUCAGGCUGAUCCAAUAAUCAGAUGGGCCACAUAAAUUCAAUAUUUUUGAGUGGCGCGCAUUGUUUUUUAUUGUAUAACCCAAAUGAUGAUUUGAUUGGCUAGAAUUUUUUGCUUCCAUGAUCAUCAGAUGAGAUUGGAAGGGUUGGAUGUCAUAUGAGGAGACGUGGGCCUCACAAUUCUUGAAUUUGAGAGAAAAAAAAUGUACUAGGACAUUUUAGUCAUUUCAUCCCCUGGAAUAAAACACGGGAAUUUCAAAUAGUUGAGGCAACUGCAUUUAGACACACUUAGAUGCAGUUUUCAGCAUUGUGCAUCAUUAACCACCUGUCAUGAAAAUUACCAAAAAUGCCCACAAAUUUUCUCAAUUUUCAUUUGAUUUUUUUUGUCCCUUUCUUUCUUUCUUUCAUUUGAAGUAAAUCUUAUUUAUUUGUAUAAAAAUCAGGGGCUAUCUUUCAUGAAUUUUCUCAAUUGUUUGCUUGUAGAUACUAAUAAGUGUGUUAGGAAAGAAACCAAUGCAAGAAGAAAGAACACAACAAAGAUCUACAUAUGAUAAAAGGACUAAAAAAAUCAAAAAGAGGCCAACACCUGCAAGCUGCAUCCCUUUUCUGAAGUAUUCAGACCCUCUUCUCUUCUUUCUCAGCAGACUUGCAUGAAAAGAUCCAUGGAAAAUCAUUUUUUUGUGUUGUUUAUUAUGAUGAAAAUGCUUUCUUUCAGUUUCUUUUGUUUUACAGAACAAAGGUAUAUUUCAGCAGUGGGUGAUCCAGGCAUGAGAAGAGAUGGAUUGAGAGUGGCAUUUGAAGGCUGGAAUUUUUGCAAUGAAGUUGGCAAUGAAAUUCCUGAGAUGGGAAGUCCUAGAGCAGCCGACUGUUUUGAUUUCUUAAAUAAUUCUUUGGAGUAUAAAGUAACAGAAGAACAGAACAAACUUGGGGUAGGAAAAUCAUUCCCAGGUUUGAACCCAAAGGCUCUCAACAAUCCAGACCUUUAUGCAGUGGAGAAAGAACUGUAUUUGGGUUCUUUAUGUGAAGUUGCAAGCACUCCAAAUCCAUGGCAAUUUUGGAUGGUGAUGCUGAAAAAUGGAAACUUUGAUACAUUAUCUGGAUUUUGCCCUGAAAAUGGGAGAAAGGUGGUGCCUUUCCUGCCAACAGGAAGGUUCCCAUGUUUUGGAAUUGGGUGCAUGAACCACCCCAUAUUCUAUCAUCAAAAGACUCAACUGUUAGGGAAUGAGAUGCGAGGGGGUUUCAAUGGUUCUUAUGAUUUGGGUGUUGAUAUUAAAGGUGGGAUAGAUGAUAUUUCAUUCUUUGAGGUGGUAUGGGAGAAGAGAGUUGGAGUUGGGAGUUGGGUUUUCAGUCAUAAGCUGAAGACAUCACAAAGAUAUCCAUGGCUGAUGAUGUAUCUAAGAGCUGAUGCAACCAAAGGAUUCUCUGGUGGCUACCAUUAUCAGACAAGAGGAAUGCUCAAGACACUGCCAGAAUCACCCAAUUUCAAGGUCAAAUUCUCACUGAAUGUGAAGCAAGGGGGAGGCCCCAAAAGCCAAUUCUACUUGCUAGACAUCGGCAGCUGCUGGAAGAACAACGGCAUGCCCUGUGACGGGGAUGUGCUCACCGACGUAACCAGAUAUAGUGAGAUGAUCAUCAACCCUGAAACCCAAUCUUGGUGUAGCCCUACCAACUUGAAUGCCUGCCCACCCUACCACAUUACCCCCAAAGACGAGAAGAUUUACAGGAAUGACACUGCCAAUUUCCCCUUCUCUGCUUACCACUACUACUGCUCCCCUGGUAAUGCCGUGCACUUGGAGCCGCCUUUUAAUCUCUGUGAUCCUUAUAGCAAUCCUCAAGCGCAAGAGCUAGUUCAGAUAUUGCCACACCCUAUAUGGGCGGAGUAUGGAUAUCCGUCCAAACAAGGAGAAGGGUGGAUUGGUGAUCCAAGGAUAUGGGAGCUCGAUGUUGGUGGCAUUUCAAGUAGACUGUAUUUCUAUCAGGAUCCUGGCACCCCUCCUGCAAGAAGAGUAUGGACAUCCAUUGAUGUCGGGACGGAGAUAUUCAUCAGCGGCAAAGACGAGGUCACUGAGUGGACUCUCAGUGACUUCGAUGUCCUAAUCCACUCUCCCAAAAAGUGACUCAAGUUCAUUAAUUUUCCAUAUGACGUAAUUGCAUCAUCUCUGUCCUCCUUUACAACCAACUCUCCACAAUAGCUGAGUUUGACUCAGCCGAUUCUGUUAGAAUAAAAAGAAAAAAUGAGGACUUAAAAAAUGAGGAAAAAAUCGCAUAUGUCUUAAGUUAACCCCACUUGCUUUAAUUGUGUUUAAUUUAGUCCCACAUUGGAGAGGAGAUGAGAAAUCCGAUACUUUAUAUCAAAAUCAUUCACUUAAUGUAUGUAUUGGAAUUUAAAAGUAUGCCAUGGGAUCAACCUUACAU